CCAGGAACAGAAUUGGCCUGAACUAGUGGAAUUGGCAGCAAAAAACUAACAUACAAGUGUGUCUGGUCAAUGGAAGGCUUGUUCCUGCUGCUGGGUGCUGUGUGAGGACUCCGACUGUGCUCUGGCCCCAGAGCUGGAUGCUGCAGACACGCUCAGGGUUUUUCUUUUCUUGCCCCUCUGCUCUGUCUUUUUAAAAAUAUUCAUCAAUGGGGUGGGUAGUUUGCCGUGGUCAUUAAAAUAUCUCUCUCCCCUCCCCCUCGCUUUCUCCAGGACUGCCCCUGUUGAGUCUGUGGGAAUAUGAAUCAGCAGCAGCAGAGAAUGGCUGCAGUUGGGACAGACAAAGAGCUCAGUGACCUGCUGGACUUCAGUAUGAUGUUUCCCUUGCCAGUGGCUAAUGGAAAAAACAGACCCACGACCCUUGCAAGCACUCAGUUUGGAGGAUCAGGCUUGGAUGAAAGAGCAGGAUCAGGUUCCUGGGGAACGGCAGAUCAAAACAGCUCCACGUUUGACCAGGGAAGGAGCUAUGGUGAAGGGCCCCACUACGGCGAGCACCGGGACCUGCCGUCCCACAACAGCAUCUCCUCGUCGCCGUUCCUGGGAGCCGGACUCGUGGGGAAGAGCAGUGAAAGAGCCUCAUACUCCACAUUUGGAAGAGACACAGGGAUGCCAGGACUAAACCAGCCCGGUUUCCUGCCAGGCGAGAUGGGAAUGGCCAGCCCCAGCACGCUUUCCCCCACCGGGGGCAAAGGGGGGUCUCAGUAUUUUUCUUACCCCAACAAUCCUCGCAGGAGAGGUGCAGAGAGCAGCAUAGACGGACAGCCCAAGAAGGUUCGGAAGGUGCCUCCUGGACUCCCCUCCUCGGUGUAUCCAUCCAACUCAGGUGAUGACUACAGCAGGGAUCCAGCUGGAUAUACUCCCUCGAAACCUCCCAGCACUGUGUAUCCUGGAGCCUUUUAUAUGGCAGAUGGACUCCAUAACUCAGCAGACCUGUGGAGUUCCCCGGGUGCCAUGAGCCAGUCGAGUUACGGUGCCAUGCUGGGCAGCUCCUCCUCCCCGCUCCCGCAGUCCAGCGGCUUCAACAGUUUACAUCAGCACGAGCGCAUGAACUACCAGCUGCAUACAGGAGAGGUGAACGGUGGGCUCCCCUCCGUGUCCGGCUUCUCCUCGGCCUCCGCAGCGUACGGCGUGUCCAGCCACACGCCCCCGAUCAGCGGCGCCGACAGCAUCAUGGGUAACAGAGGAACCACAGCUGGGAGCUCUGGAGAUGCACUUGGGAAGGCUCUGGCCUCGAUUUACUCCCCCGACCACUCUAGCAAUAACUUCUCCUCCAACCCCUCCACCCCAGUCGGGUCCCCGCAGGGCCUCGCAGGCUCAUCGCAGUGGCCGCGGGCGGGUGCAGCGGGUGCCUUAUCUCCCAGCUACGAAGGGAGCCUCCACACCUUGCAAAACAAAAUGGAAGACAGGUUGGAUGAAGCCAUCCACGUGCUGAGGAACCAUGCCGUGGGCCAGACCUCGGCCAUGCCCAGCAGCCACGGGGACAUGCACGGGCUGCUGGGCUCAGCACCUCCACACAGUGCCGCCGUGGGCAGCCUGGGCCAGGCCUUCCCCGCCUCAGUCAUGGCCCUGGGCAGCAGGCACCCGAGUCUGGUGGCAGGAGGCCACCCUGAAGAUGGGUUGUCCAGCAACCCCAGCUUGCUCCACAACCAUGUCACACUUCCAUCCCAGCCCAGCUCACUCCCAGACCUCAGCAGGCAGCAGGACACGUACAGUGGCUUGUCCGGGGGGCUGGGGCGGAGCAGCGUCUCCUCAGGAACGAGCGAAAUAAAGAGGGAGGAGAAGGAGGAUGAGGAGAACACGUCAGUGGCAGAUAACUCCGAGGAGGAGAAGAAGGAGCUGAAACCCUCCCGGAACAGAACAAGGUGCUCUUUGAACAGUCAAGAUGAGGAUGAGGAGGACGAUCUUCUUCCCCCAGAGCAAAAAGCCGAGAGAGAGAGAGAAAGGAGGGUCGCCAAUAAUGCCCGUGAGCGCCUGCGGGUCCGUGACAUCAACGAGGCCUUUAAGGAGCUCGGACGCAUGUGCCAGCUGCACCUAAACAGCGAAAAACCGCAGACCAAACUGCUAAUCCUACACCAGGCCGUAUCAGUCAUACUGAACCUGGAGCAACAAGUUAGAGAGCGCAAUCUGAACCCAAAAGCCGCCUGCUUGAAGCGUCGGGAAGAGGAGAAAGUGUCCGGAGUGGUCGGAGACCCCCAGAUGACACUGUCAGCUUCACAUCCUGGUCUAGGAGACGGUCACAACCCUGUUGGACACAUGUAAAGAUCUUUUUGUUCCUCUGGAUAUGGAGAUCUGUAGGAAGAAAACCCUUGGUGUGACCUGCAGCCCUGUUGAACCACAAACUGUAGUACUGCUCAUACUGACACAUGCAGACGGAUCCUGGCGAGACGUAAGGGGUGGAAAAAACACUUUGUCAGAAACAAAACGGAAACAAAAAAUUGCCUUAAGUAUAAAGUGCAGAACAGUCAAUACAUAUCACUCAGUUAGGAGGGGGUGGCGUGUUCUCUUGGCUUGUUCACAAGCAGCCAGCAGCAAAAUUGUGCCUAAGCUUGAUAUUUCUUUUUUAAAAAAAAAGAACAUUAGUUAUGAGAUUUUUUAUGUAGAACAAAUAGCAAUGCCUUUUGGUUUUUUUUAGCUUCUUUUGCAUAUGUUUUGUAAGCAACGAAAAAAUUUUUUUUUGUAUAAAAACAUGUCUUGUACCCUCCGCUUUUCUGCUGCUGUUUCUAUAGUUAACGUUGCAUCUUUAGGAUCAACCAGAAUAUUAAAAUUGUAUUAAGAGAGACUGGAUAUAAAGAGAGGAAUUCUCAGAUUCGGCUCAGAAAGCCACUAAAAGCGAAUGUAGCCACAGUGAGGGAAUGUUCUUCCUUGCCUGGCUUGUACCUUCCAUGACAAAAAAACAAACUCACGUGCUGAAUUCACCAUCUCUUCGCUUCGGCCACUUCUGAUUUGGGAAAAGGAAGUUGAACAGCAAAGCGAGUGGCAGCAGAGCUCCCGCUCCCCCCGGCGGUGGCCGAGGUGACUCACCAGGUUUGCUUUGUUCCCGGAGAUGCCGAGGGGAGGACGAGCUGCUGGGACAGAGCAGCCCCGGCUGGAGCAGAACCGAGGGACUGAGGCGCUUCCAGGUGAGCAGAGCAGCGAGGGAUGCGCGGGGGAGGCGCCUCCUCCCAGAGCCCUGGAGGCACCUCAGGAGCUGCACUGAACAAAGACCGAGUGAACAAAGCAGGGAAGAGGCAGAGGAGCUGGAGCACGGCAGCAGCAGUGGAUCCAGGGAGCCAGGCAGCAGCAGCCCUGAGGAUGCUGGAGCAGGAGAGGAGCCUGGCUGACUCUGGCUCGCUCAGCCCCAGCAGAGCCGUGACCGGCAGCAGAUCCUGCGUGCAGCGCAGCCGCCGCAUCGGAAAUGCAGCGUGCUGCCUCGGGGAGAGGGGUGGCCUCGCUGCCUGUGUCACCUGCUGCCACAUCUCCCGGGCAUCCUUGGAGGCAAACUGAGCUCAGCACUGCGCCGAGGGCUUUGAGCGGGCGCUGUCAUCGCACGUGGGCUCCUGUCAGCACUGGAAGGAGGGCAGCAGGAGCGCCUGUCCUGCACCACGUGCUCCAGCAGCCAGCCUGGGCCAGCCAUCCCUUCACUCCAAGGGAUUCCCCAUCACUCCAGAGCACUCUGGAGUGCUCAGCAGGAGGAGGAUCCCUGGCAGCCCCUCUGGGUGCCCCAGAGGUGUGUAGAGCAAAGAGGUACUGGGCAGUGCUGAGCUGCAGCAGCUCUCUAGAGAUGGCCAUGGAAAAACAUCCACCAGGAAUUUACUCUUGUUUCUUCCCUCUCCUUCCUCUUCCGAAACAUUUUGUGCCUGGCUCUUCCCAGCUCUGCAGAGCCCAGUCAGGCAGGAUGGUGCAUGGGACGUGGGUGCUGGUCUGGGGGAUGUGGGGCUCUAACCCCUUUCCCCUGCAGGGUCCAUCUCUGCCCUGUGCUGCUCCAGCCUGGGCUCCUGGGGGAGCUCCGUUGCUUUGGCACAGGGAAAGGGAGGGACUGGCAAGCAGGAUUAGGUCCUGUGGCACUUCCCAGCUCCCCCAGGCUUUGGCAUAGCCUGGUGCCCCCCCAUGCUCAUGGCUGUGCUCUGUGCUGGAAGUGCUCAGGGCAGUGCUUAUCUCUCUCCCACGCCUGGGCACUGUGGCCUCGGGCACCGUGGCAGCUCCAAGCUGAGCCACUCCAAGUGCCAGGGCAGGGUGGGACUGUCCCUGCUGCCCCUGGCCGUGCCCUGGGGCUCCCCAACAUCCAGCCAUUGCUCUGAAGCUUUUGGCUGCUCCUGGCUUUCCCCAGCUUGCUGCUCCCACCAUUCCUUCUGCGUGCUGAGACCUCAGCAGCCCCAGCUCUGUCCCUGCAAGGCCAGGAAAGCUCAGUGGUUCCAGUAACCCAGGUUCUUCUUGCUCGUGUCAACAGACACAUUUUAGCCUGAUCAGCUGGUCAGGUUCCAACCCUGGCUGUUCCCUCCCUUUGUUCUUCUGGCUGCUGAAGCAGUGGGCAGGGAAAGGGAUGAGGUUUUCCUCCAUUUCCUCCAGUAUGACAGCCUUGACUCCCAUUCAUGCUCCAGAAUGCAAAUUGAAGGGCUCAGCAGCUGCUCUUUGUUUCGUCCAUGAGAGCUCCUGCUCCAGUGGUGGGACAGUGCUGGGGCUGUAAAAUACCCACUGCUCAGGGGUUUUGGCUGGCUCAGUGCCCCUGUCCCAGGGCCAGGAGGGAAGGAGCAGUGUCCCAGCCCUGGAAAGCUUGAAACCCUACAAAAAAUAUUUUAAACUGGUUCACAAACCCUUUGAUUUUGCCCCAAGAGUUGGAGGUGGCAGUCAUGGACAAAUGGACUUCAAUGGACUAGUCAAGAAAGUUCCAUUAAUUCAACAAAAUUGGAAAUCUGAGAAGAUUUAUGAGUUGUUCACAAAUUUGCUGAACUUCUUCAUCCCCUCUGAGUCCUGCAGCCGGGGAGGAAUCCCAGUGAGCCAGAGCCUCUCUCACUAUGCCUGAAUUCCAGGCAUUGCAACAAAAAUGGGGCUUUUCAGCUGCAUUUGGGUGGUUUAAGAUGCUACUUUUGACAGCAAAUCCAGCCAACUUCCUUCCAUGUCAAGCUUGGGUGAAG